GCGGCUCCAUCCGGGUCUUAGCGAUGCUGUCCUGACAGGAAUCCUACCAGGGAGGGGCUGAGUUCGAGGGAAAUCAGCUGCCCGAGGAGAAACUGAGCCGGCCGCAGACAGAUUGCGGAACCCUUGGCGGAGCCGGCACCUCCUGCUGCGCCCAGGCCCCCGGCCCGGCCCCCGGCUCACGCGCGCAGGCUUCCUGAAACUCUAAGCAAUGGAUGAAGAUGCAAAUCAAAUGCAGCCCUUGAAUGACAAGCAGGUGCCGAACUCUGAAGGUGGAUAUGUAUGGCAGGUCACCGAUAUAAAUCGACUCCACCGUUUCUUAUGUUUUGGUUCAGAAGGUGGUACAUACUACAUCAAGGAGCAGAAACUGGGCUUUGAAAAUGCUGAAGUUUUAAUAAGACUGAUUGAAGAUGGUAAAGGUUGUGAUGUGGUACAGGAAAUAAAGACAUUCAGCCAGGAAGGCAGGGCAGCAAAACAGGAGCCCAUGCUUUUUGCUCUUGCAAUUUGUUCACAGUGCUCUGAUGCAAAAACAAAACAAGCAGCAUUUAAGGCUGUUUCUGAAGUCUGCCGCAUACCAACUCAUCUGUUUACUUUCAUCCAGUUUAAAAAGGAUCUGAAGGAGGGCAUGAAGUGUGGCAUGUGGGGCCGUGCCCUGAGAAAAGCUGUUGCAGACUGGUACAAUGGAAAGAAUGGCCUGGCGGUUGCUUUAGCAGUUACAAAAUAUAAACAAAGAAAUGGUUGGUCUCAUAAAGAUCUACUGAGGUUGUCCCACCUAAAACCUGCCAGUGAAGGACUUGCUGUAGUUACUAAGUAUAUCACCAAGGGGUGGAAGGAAGUCCAAGAGGCAUAUAAAGACAAGGAAUUUUCUUCUGAGACUGAAAAAUUGUUAAAAUAUCUGGAGGCUGUGGAGAAAGUGAAACGUACGAAAGAUGAAUUGGAAGUUAUUCAUUUGAUAGAAGAGUAUAGGUUAGUUAGGGAGCAUCUCCAGACAAACCAUUUGAAAUCUAAAGAGGUGUGGAAGGCAUUGUUGCAGGAGAUGCCCCUUACAGCAAUGUUGAGGAAUCUAGGAAAGAUGACUGCAAAUUCAGUACUUGAACCAGCAAGCCCAGAAGUAGCAAUAGUGUGUGAAAGACUGAGAAAUGAGAAACUGUUAAAAAAGAUCUGUCAUUCAGUUGACCAUGAGAUUUUUGUUGGCUUGUUUGCGAACAAGUUUGGAUUGGUGGAGCUGCUGCUAUUUGAUUCUGUUCUUUCAAAACAAAUUCAAAAGAUGUUUAUGGGCAGCUUCAGCUCUGUCCCAAGCACUCAUACAGUGGAACCAACAGGGAAGCGUUUCUUGCUUGCAGUUGAUGUCAGUGCUUCCAUGACACAAAGAGUUUUGGGCAGUGUGCUCAAUGCUAGUACAGUUGCUGCAGCAAUGUGUAUGGUUGUUGCACGCACAGAGAAAGAUUCCAAUAUUGUUGCCUUUUCGCAUGAAAUGGUCUCCUGUCCAGUGACAAAAGACAUGACAUUACCUCAAGUAUUACUGAAAAUGUCUGAAAUUCCAAUGGGUGGCACUGAUUGUUCUCUUCCAAUGAUAUGGGCUCAAAAAACACACACAGCUGCUGAUGUCUUUAUUGUGUUCACUGAUAAUGAGACCUUUGCUGGAAAUAUUCAUCCUGCAGUUGCUCUGAAGGAGUACAGGGAGAAAAUGAGUAUUCCAGCUAAACUGAUCGUUUGUGGAAUGACAUCAAAUGGCUUUACUAUAGCAGACCCAGAUGAUAGAGGGAUGUUGGAUAUAUGUGGCUUUGACACAGGAGCUCUAGAUGUCAUUCGCAACUUCACUUUGGAUUUGAUUUAAUCUGUGAGCACCUGCUAUUCACAGUGGGUCCAUUGCUGGCAAGAGACUCUGCCCUGAAAACUCCCAGCCAAAUGUACUAUACUAAAAUAUGGCACAUGAUGCACAUAUCAGAAUGAUACCUUUUUGUAAAGAGAAAAGCAGAUGAGUUAUUACUUUUUUUUGUUGCACAUAGUUUAAAAAUAACAAUGGGAAAGCCUUCUAAACGUUGCUACACAGUUUAUGAUUUAAUUUCAUUUAUAAUAGUUGAACAGUACUAAGGUUUUCUGUCACUGUACAAUGCCUUUGUCUUCAAUAAUAAAUUGAUGAGUUACUGCUGGUAUUGGGAGUGGGGGCAGGAAAGGGAAAUGGUGGUAAUGUUU